AUGUGGAAGGUCCUCCUUCUUAUUCUUAAUAUUACAAGUGUAGUAUGUCAGUUUGGAAGUAGCGAUUUCUUCUCCCUGUCCCCCUUUGAACGGAGUGCUUUUGAGGGUGUACCAGGGAUCCCAGGAGACCAGCUUUAUAAAAUGGCAGACGGUUCUGUCUCUGAUGCCAUCAAGUUGAGGGCUAGAUUAUCCAUGUCUGCUGCUGGUGCUCAACCCGUGCCGAUUGCUGUGCCUGGCAAUGCUGCUCCGGCCGUACCAAUCACUGUAUCAGCAGGUGGUACUGCCUCUAUGACGACACCAGUUGCCGGAGGUGGCGCUGCACACAGAACUGCCAGUGUACCGUUAACCAUUGGUAGUCCUGCAGUCUUAGGAGGCACCCCCACCCAAAUUCCUUCUUUCUACGCCCUACUGCAACCACAACCCUUUGGGGCUUCGCAACUGGCAUAUAUACCACCAGGUUAUCCAAGUCCUGGCAUGAAUUACAACAUGGCCGCCUUAGCCUUUAUUGAUUAAACUGAGGGCAGGAAAC